AUGAGUCUUCCGGGAUGGAAAGAACUGCCUGUAAAUACGACAUGGCCUGAUUCACUUAAGAUGUGUCCACGACCAUGGCGCUACCAGAGCCCAGAACAUCUUGGGAAUGCUCUACCGACAUGGGGAACUUUCAAGCCGUAUAGUGGGGGCGGAUACAUAGCUGCCAUGGGAUAUAACGAGGAAACGGCAGUUGGGGUAAUCAAUGAAUUACAUGGUGAGGGAUGGAUUGACCAACAAACCAGACUUGUAGUCAUUGAAUUCACGGUUUUCAACAUCAACACAAACCUAGUCAGCAUCGCUUCUUUCUUCUAUGAGGUUCUAGCUACUGGGGCUGCGUACACAACCAAGAAAGUGGAAACACUGGAGCUGUAUAGUACAGAAUCAGGCGCUCGAGAAUUUUAUCUCAUUUGCCAGUUUCUCUUCAUGUCUACGACACUUUAUUACUUCGUAUUGCUCCUGGUUAAUCUUUUUCGCCAACGAAUCAGCUUUUUUAAAUCCAUAUGGAAUUUAGUUGAAUUUUUGCAAGUUGUUUCUUCUGUGACAACAGUAACAUUCUACAUGCUCAAAGCUAAAAGUAUUUUAAGAAGUGUUAAAGCAAUACAGUCUAAUCCCUACGCAAUCAUUAACUUUCACACUGCACUGUCUUGGGCUGAGUGGGAAAAUGCAUCUAUUGCUGUCGCCGUAUUCAUGGCAACGUUAAAGUUUCUCAAUCUUCUUCGGGUUAACCCCCACGUCAUAUUUUUAUUUUCAUCUUUUCGCCAAUCUGUUGGUCAUCAAUUAUCCUUUAUGUUCAUUCUCCUGUUAAUCUUCAAUUCCUUUGCCAUGUCAGGAAUACUGAUUUUUGGUGGGUCCAUGUACGUGUAUUCUAGUUAUUUAAGAGCCACAGUAGGCCAAUUUGAAUUUCUGUUAGGUAAAGCAGUGCCGGUAGAAGGUCUUCGAGCUGAAAAUAGAAUUAUGGGUCCCAUAUUUGCCCUGUUUUAUGUGCUAACUUUGACCAUUUUCCUCAUGAACAUGUUCAUCUCUAUGCUCAAUGACGCGUACUCUGGUGCAAAGACAAAUGUCGAAGAUAGCGCUGAAGAUCUGGAACUCUCACACCAUCUUGAAGAGCGUUUGUUAGAACUUAUGGGGGAAAGGAGAGGCGGACGUGAUCUUACAAAGUUGUUCUGUGACGAAGCAAUUUUCGUGAACAUGUUCAGCUCCGAAGCAGAGCCAUUCUGCAAGAAUACUGAACGAAUUCUUCAGUGCACAUAUGAGCGAUUGAUUAAAGUAGAUCAGCGAAUUGCCAAGCUUAUUCGAAUGACUGAGACGGAAGAAAACGGUCAGCUUGAGGAAGACCGUGAGCUUAUUACCCUCAUAAGUAAAAUUAUCUUCAUUCCCCAAAAUUGUGAGACUCAGGCUCAGGUUGCCUUUAUGUACUAG